GGAACCUUUUGACCCUUCGACUUCGACAACCAUCGCAUCCAGCCAUUUGGCGCAUAUCCAUCAGUCGGUAGGUACCCUCCUGGUUAUUCGGUUCUAUUCCUUGUCAGCUUGCAGGGCAACAAAACCACCACCUUUGCAACAUCUCCAAAAAAUUUCCCGUUCCAGAUAUUCAACAUCAUCUCAAAAAAACCACCACCCCACGAGAAAGCCCACCACCAAUAAAUCUCCCAAACACACAUACGAAACUUGCUUGUUUUUUGUUUUUUUUUUCUUGCCUUGCCUUGCCCAGGUUUCUAACGCAUCUCAAUUCUUUUAACAGAAAACCGUCCUUUCGAACAUAAUCCGACAAGAUGGGUAAGGGACAACCCCGUGGUUUGAACGCCGCCCGCAAGCUCGCAACCACCCGUCGCGAGAACCGCUGGGCCGAUCUGCACUACAAGAAGCGCCUUCUCGGCACUGCCUUCAAGUCCUCUCCCUUCGGUGGUGCUUCCCACGCCAAGGGUAUCGUCCUCGAGAAGGUCGGUGUUGAGGCCAAGCAGCCCAACUCCGCUAUUCGCAAGUGUGUCAAGGUCCAGCUGAUCAAGAACGGCAAGAAGGUCACUGCUUUCGUCCCCAAUGACGGUUGCUUGAACUUCAUUGAUGAGAACGACGAGGUUCUCCUCGCUGGUUUCGGUCGUAAGGGCAAGGCCAAGGGUGAUAUUCCCGGUGUCCGUUUCAAGGUCGUCAAGGUCUCUGGUGUCGGUCUGAUGGCUCUGUGGAAGGAGAAGAAGGAGAAGCCCCGUUCUUAAACAACCAACCCGGGCGGAAGACGAUCGAUGUGAUAUCCGAGAAGAAAGGGCCCAUUCCAUUGAACGUUGGGAGGCACGCUCUAUGGGUCUGGAAAUUAUGGUUCAGGAUGGAUGACCCUGCAAAAAACCAUUGCAGAUACUACGAUUGAUAUAUUCAUUAAAAGAUGGCGCCAUGAUUUAUUUCUUUGGGACGGGCCC